UUACAACGGACGAAAAGGGACGAAGACGCAGAUCGUGUAUUGCCGUCCGAGGCCUUUCUUUAUAAUGGACGAUCACUCAUCGCCAUGCCCACUGCACUCUACAACUUCUCUUUCUCUCUCCUCACAAAUCAUAAGCCGUAAUUUCACUCUUUCCUCCUUCCAUGGCUUCUCUUACAUACACUUCAAACAUCUUCCACGAGCUCCGUCGUCGUAGAGACACGCCGUCGGAGAGUUCUCUCUUUUCCACGCAGAGGAGUGUUUCCACUUUGCCGUUGAAUUUAUCAGUGAAGAGGAGUUUGAGGCAGGGUCAUUGUGGUGGACUUCGAGUGGCAAGUUCCAGUACUCAUACCGAGGUUGUGGACGAUCGGGUUGUUGAGGGAGAAGGUGCCGAGAGUAGCGAGAAAGGGGGGGUUCUGAGAGUUGGACUCAUCUGCGGAGGUCCGUCUGCUGAGCGUGGGAUAUCUUUGAAUUCCGCAAGAUCAGUCCUCGAUCAUAUACAGGGGGAUGAUUUGCAUGUAAGCUGCUAUUACAUUGACUGUAACCUCAACGCGUUUGCAAUAUCCUCUGCUCAGGUAUACUCAAACACUCCUGCAGAUUUUGAUUUCAAACUUGAAAGCCUGGCCCAAGGUUUCCAGUCUUUGUCCGACUUUGCAGAACACCUUGCUGCCUCUGUGGACAUAGUUUUCCCUGUUAUACAUGGUCGUUUUGGUGAAGAUGGUGGCAUUCAGGAGCUACUGGAGAAGUUCAAUAUCCCAUUUGUUGGAACACGGUCAAACGAAUGUCGUAAAGCAUUUGACAAGUAUGACGCCUCUUUGCAGCUCAACAGACAAGGUUUUAUAACAGUACCCAGUUUCUUAUUGCAGGGAAGUGAAUUGGACGAAUCUGGCUUAUCAGAGUGGUUUUCAAGAAAUCAAGUGGACUCUAAAGUGGGGAAAGUGGUGGUAAAACCAACAAGAGCAGGGUCCAGCAUUGGAGUUACAGUUGCUUAUGGUGUUACUGAUUCUCUAAAGAAAGCAAAUGAAAUCAUUUCAGAAGGCAUUGACGACAAAGUCAUUGUUGAAUUUUUUCUUGAAGGAGGGACCGAAUUUACAGCCAUCGUACUUGAUGUGGGUUCUGGUUUCGACUGCCAGCCUGUUGUACUACUUCCAACAGAGGUGGAACUUCAAUUUCACGGAAGUGUCGAUGUAAGAGAGAAGGAUGCAAUAUUCAAUUACCGCAGGAAGUACCUUCCUACACAGCAGGUGGCUUAUUACACUCCACCUCGUUUCCCUGUAGAUGUGAUUCAAAGUAUCCGUGAAGGAGCUUCUCUAUUAUUUCAACGGCUUGGUCUACGUGAUUUUGCUAGAAUUGAUGGUUGGUUUUUGCCAUCUUGCUCUCAUAUAUCAUCUUCAAUGGGGACUAAAUUUGGGAGGACUCAAUUGGGUUCAAUAAUAUUUACUGAUAUCAACUUGAUUAGUGGGAUGGAGCAAACCAGUUUCCUAUUUCAGCAAGCUUCUAAGGUUGGAUUUUCGCAUUCAAAUAUCCUCCGAACCAUUAUCCAACGUGCUUGCUUACGGUUUCCUUGUCUUGCCUCAAAAAUUAGUAUAUCAAGUCCCUUGCUCAAAAGAUCAAAAUCUUCACAACUCAAGAAAGCAUUUGCCAAAUGUCAAGGUGUUCGCAAAGUUUUUGUCAUUUUUGGUGGAGACACAUCUGAACGGCAAGUAUCUCUCAUGAGCGGAACUAAUGUUUGGCUCAAUUUGCAAGCAUUUGAUGAUCUUGAGGUAAUCCCAUGUUUGCUGGCCCCUGCAAAUGGUUAUUCAUCUGCUAUGAACUCUGAUAACAAGGAAAUGGAUGUCAGCUCCAGGACAGUUUGGUCAUUACCGUACUCUCUUGUGUUGAGACAUACAACUGAAGAAGUUUUUGAUGCAUGCAUAGAGGCAAUUGUACCUGCUCGGGCUGCAUUGACAUCUCAAUUACGGAGCAUAGUGAUGGAUGAUCUCAUGGAAGGCUUGAAGAAACACAGUUGGUUUGCAGGAUUUGACAUAUCUGAUGACCCUCCACAGAGAUUUUCAUUGGAGCAGUGGAUCAAGCUAGCCAAGGAAGUUCAGGCAACAGUUUUCAUUGCAGUGCAUGGAGGCAUUGGUGAAGAUGGUACACUUCAGUCUUUGCUAGAAGCUGAACGAGUUCCUUAUACUGGACCUGGCGUUAUGGCUUCCAAGACAUGCAUGGACAAAGUUGCUACAUCUCUUGCUCUUAAAAAUCUUGCAGAACGUGGUGUUCUUACCAUAAAUAAGGAUGUCUGGAAGAAAGAGGACCUACUAGAUAUGCCCACACCUGACAUUUGGCAUGACUUGACCUCAAAGCUUCUGUGUGAAACAUUGUGUGUUAAACCAGCUAGGGAUGGAUGCUCGACUGGGGUGGCAAGAUUAUGCUGUGCUGGGGACCUUGCAUUGUAUGUAAAAGCGUUGGAGGAUUGCCUACUUCGAAUUCCUUCGAAUAGUUUAUCCAAGGCACAUGGAGUGAUUGAGAUGCCAAACCCUCCACCAGAGUGCUUAAUCUUUGAACCUUUUAUUGAGACUAACGAGAUAGUUUUCUUAGCCAAAUCCUCAAAUGCAAAUCGUUUCUUGUGGGAAGGACAUAGUAGAUGGGUAGAAGUAACUGUUGGUGUCAUUGGAAAACGUGGGUCAAUGCACUCGUUGACCCCUAGUGUUACGGUUAAAGAAACUGGUGAUAUAUUGUCACUUGAGGAGAAAUUUCAAGGUUUGUCCUCAGUACUGAUCAUAGAAGCCAAUACUGUACCUGGAAUGACACCUUCCACUGUCUUGAUUCAUCAGGCACUGGCAGAGCAACCUCCGAUGUAUCCUCACAAGUUUUUCCGCAAACUGCUUGAUUUGGCAUCACAGAGCUCUACGUAA